ACAGAGAUACGAUCUCCAUCUUUCGCUGAGGAGUUGCUCCCUCUCUCGGCACGUUUACACGUAACCCAGGCAACUUCAAUUACCGUGCACGUUGUGUUUGUUAUGGUGGAAUUUCAUGCAUAUAAACGUCGGCUGUUUCUUAUAAACAUUUAAUUUUCUCAUCAGUUGUAAUUCAGAAUCAAGAAGAAAAUGGCAGUUAGCUUGGAAGAAUAUUUCAGGACGACUUUUGAGGAUAAACUCCUCGUGAAGAUGCCAGAGAGGGAGGAUGACCAUCUUACUCCCGCUACCAGGCUUCUUGAAAAGAGGAGAGAAAUGUCUGAAGUGGAACAAGCACUGGCAGCGCAGAAAGAGGAGUUUCAAAUGAAAAUGGAGAGUCUACAACAGAGAAGGGAAGAGCUUGAAAGAAAGGAAUAUCAACUAAAAGAAUCACUCCUCAAAUUUGAUAAAUUCUUAAAGGAAAAUGAUUCUAAACGGGGGAGAGCAGUAAAGAAGGCACACGAUGAAAGAGACUUAAAGAGGACUAAAGACAAAGAAAUAGGAAGAUUGAUGGAUGAAAAGGGAGAUCUCCAGGGUCAGAAAGACAAACUCCUGCAGCGUCUCAAUAAACAUAAACUCUUCCAUCGAUUCCUGGAAAAAACGCUGGAAUCAGCUGAGGAAUUUCAUGAAAUCCGAGAAGUCAUAGCCAGACAUGAGACUUUAGUUGCAACACACAGAGAUCUUGUGGAGAAAGCAAACCGCACUCAGGAUGCAGUGGAGAAAGAGAAGGCGAGACUGGGAAAGUUCACAGAGGAAAAAAACAAUGAAAUUCUACAUUACAACAAUCAGCUAGCAACAUUACAGACUCAAUUAGAUACGGCUCAAAGUGAAGCAGUCAAAUGGGAAUCGGUCUGGACCCACAUUAAAAACACAGCUGCCAAGAAAACGCUGCUUCUAGGGAGAAUAAAAAUGGCAACCCACAAUUUAUUCCAGCUCGUCAGCAGACAUGCUAAGACAGCAUCACUGGGAACAGAAAACACAUUAGAGCAGCUAACAAAGAUCCAGACAUUUAUCAUGGACCUAACUCAGAUCACGACAGAGAUCAAGAGAGCAGAAGUCGCCGCUACGUCAGGAGCAGUAUCCUCAAACCCAUAAAUUAAAACAAUUCAUUUUUAUUUCUGUACAUAUGUAUAAAGUCUGUUAUAGAUGUUGAUUUAAUGUAUAAAGCUGUACAGUGUAUAAUAUAGCAUUAAGUACAUGUAUUUCAAUAUUUUAUAUCUAUUUAUAUGAUUAUUAUGAUUUAGAGUUUACUUUUUUCACUUAGAUGGGAGUCUCAGGAUUAGUUGUGUAUUUUUUAAGGUCAUAUAAGAUUGCUUACAAUUAUUAUUAUUAUUAUUUCAAUUACAAGUUUGAAACACUACCCUUUAUCCUUCCCCAUCUUCUUUAAGAGAUAUUAUCUUCAGCUGUCCUGAAGAGUGGAUUAUAAUUUGCUAUAAAUCCUAAAUUGUAAAAAAGUGGGAACCGGCAAGGGCACUUAACAUAGUGACUGUUUGUCAUUGAACUGGCUUGAUGAGAAACAUUCAUGUCUCCAUGAAACCUGAAACAAUUUUGCUUUCAAAGAAGGUUUUAUCUUCCCCUUUGUUUUAUCAGGACAUCUGAUCAAUUUUAGAAAAAAAAAUAUGGUUACAAAAUUCAUUAUAUGCUAUUGUAUGCUAUGUCCAUCAUGAGUAUUUAAUUUUUCUUUUCACUGCCCCCCAACCAUUAAGAUAUGGUUCAGUUGUUGUUGUUUUUUUUCAGCGACAACGAUGAGCUAGGCUAUAUUAGUAUGUUUAUGCAAAACCCUUUCUUGCCAUUUUGUUUCUUCAACAUUUCAGAACCAUAUGGUUCAAAUUUUGAUUGAUUGAAUGCACUUAGAUUCACUUAGAUUCUACAGUAUGUAUGAUGCUUCAAUUAAAUGUAGAAUACCACUGAAAGUAUACAGCCAUGUUUAGAUCACUUCAAGAAAACCCACCUUGAUUCAAAUAUGCCUCUAAAUUUUAGUCUUCCCUAUUAUUCAAAGGUACUUGUUCCUUUGGAGGAGCAUUUUCAUUUAAAUAUAUUAAUGUUCCAAAUCAUUAAAAAGUAAAUUAUCAUAAUCAAGUCAGUGAACGGUACUAUAUUAUUAGAUUUGCAUCACUGAAUUUCCUAUGUGAUUUGUAUUGAAGGACAUUUGCCAUUUCUGUAAAUAACAAGAAGAGUCUUUUUAUGUAAAACAUGCUUUUAUUGAUAGUCUAAAAUGAUGUGAUAUGACAUGGAAUUUGCUAAUUGCUAGCUUAUAAUGUAGUAACAAUGCUGAUAUUAAUGCUCAGUUCCCUUGUCCAGUAAUUUUGAACUCAUUUAAUGGAUUCAUUUGAACGCAUGAGUAGGAUGGUUUUCUUCUCUAUUUAUUUAAGUAUCUUGAGCAAAUUCAGAGUUAUUAGAAUUUAUAUUCAUCAUUUUCAGAAUCUGUUUUAGUUUAACAUUGAACCCUACUGUGUAGAUGACAUACAAACCGAUAUAUUCUUCCUGAAAGCCCUUUGCCCCACCCUUAUCAUGUAACUUGUCAUCAAUUUUACAGGUAAAGUGAAAAGCCAACGUAGAUAGGGGCAUUAGAAUUGCUGAUAGAAAGUUAUUUUAGAAAUGUACUUGGCAAUUUUUGUUAAAUGAAAACAUGUUUCAUACACUUUCUGUUUGGUAUCAAAUACCAGAUAUCAGUGACAAAUUUGCUUUUAACCAAUCAUAUUAUUGUACCAUUUCCAUGUUUUAUAGCAGAAGCUUGUCAUCCACUCCUGAUAGUGAGAUUUAUCGACCAGAACCUAAGAAUUUUAAAUCUUAACCUGGUUGGGGAUUUUGGUUGGGGAUUGGUGGGGAUUUUUUACCUGAUUGCUAAGAAAGCAUGAAUGCUUGUAAGCAAGCAACCAGAGGACCGACGGCUUAAGGUCCUCUACGAAGGACCUGGUAAUGAGGAUUAAUGCCUUACCAAAGGGCACUAGCGCACCAAGUGGGAAUCGAACCCGGGUCACCGGAAUACGAAUCCCCCGCUCUACCGACUGAGCUAUCGCGCCUCCUUGCAAGUGUCAAAUUAUUGUCAGACAUUGGUAUAAUAUGUAGAUGUGUAAAGGAUUUUAUGCUCUAGGUUAUCAUGCAAUAUUCAUCACCACCCCUUCAGUCUCUAUCUCUGUUUGUCUUGCUCUAUCUUUCUUUGUCUAUCUGUGUCCUUUUCUGCCUCUGUCUGUCUGUCUGUCUGUAUUCUCUCUUGGUCUUUGCCCCUUCCCUCUCCUCUCUUUGUAUCUGCCUUUUUGUCUUUUCCUGCAUUCCUCUGUAUCCUUCCUUUUCUCUGUCUGUCUGUCUCUCUGUAUGUCUCUCUCUCUCCCCCUCCCCUCUGUCACUCACGCGGAUGUAAUGCUAAUUAAUUUAUUACUCCACUGUUACUCUAGUGCAUUCUACAUCAUGCAUGUAUUUUUAUCUGUGUUGCUAUUGCAAUCCUGAUCGUCUCUGUUAUUGUUUUUCCUUCACCCUUCUUCAUUCUCUCUGCAUCAUCCUCUAUUUCAGCAUCACGAUGGCUUAACCCUCAUUCCACUAUCUCAAUACUUCUAAAACUGUGGCUUAUAUUCUUACAGAUGUAGCUCUUCUGUUGGAGGGGGGGGGGGGAUUUUGGAAGUUUUGCAUUCUCGUUUCAUAAUGGUGAUUGUGCGCCUUGGAAUAUAUUAUGUUUAGAUGGACAGGACUAUACAAAUGCCUUUUUGAAAUUAUUGUUUAUGUAUGAGGUCAAGUUAUUAUUUGCCAGAUCGAUUGUGGUACUACAUGAAUGUUAUUUGCAUGGUUGCCAUUAUAAUUAUGUUUAUUACUACUAUCUAGAUUAAGAUGGAAAAAAAAUGUGUGAUAAAAAUGUUAAAGAUGGCCAGGGGUGGAUAAGAAGUGAAAUGGAAAACAUUUGCAUAUCCGUUUGAAAGAUAAACAAGAUGAAGCCUACCAAAUGACAAAGAAAUUUGUUUUAUGUGUUUAUAGAUAUUCAUAUUUGAAAUUAAUUUUUUUUUUUGUAAAAUGGAGUGCCAUGAUAUUUUCAGACUAAUGGUGACUGGAUUAAAUGAUUAUUCUUGAAUUGUAUGAGCCGUCCACUGUUUACAAUCAGAAAUGCAUCUUACCAAUGUUAUACCAAAGUGUAGACAAGGAAAUAGAAACUAUAUCCAUGUGUAAUCAGAAAUGUAUGUAGCAGUGAAAAUGAUCAUUGAUAAAAUCUUCAAUAAAUAUCUUUGAUACAAUUGUCAA